AUGAUCACUCUCGAGGAUAACCUGGUUCCUUUGGACCUUGCAAGUGGCGAGGCUGGCGAUGGUGUCGAUAACAAGCCAGUCUCCUCCCAGCAUGGACACAAGCGGCACAAACUCUCCAACAAUAUCGACAUCGACCUUGCAGUCUCCAUCAGCGAAGUCAAAAGCCCUGCCUCCUGUGCCCAGCCGUCAGUUCUGACGGCCAUACCUCGCUUGGACGUUUUCUCACAAAAUAUCAAACCACCUGCCAUCCUCAUCACCCUGCCCGAGUUCGGUUCCCGCAUUGACACCACUCCCCAACUUGCUUUGUGCAUUGCCUUGCUCCCCAAGGUCGGCGAUCCCCUCAACCAGCAAGAGGAUCACUCGCAGAUUUUGUCCUCUGGCACUACUGCCCAAUGUGCCUGGAUUAAUUAUAUGAAGCAAGACCCCAUUGAGCAAGAGCGUCUGCGUUGGCUAGGGGCUUGCAUGGUGGAUGAGUUUGCAAAGAACGCCUCCAAGGACUCGACCGAGAUUGCGGAGAUGGUACUUAUUGGGCCAGUGCUCGACAGUGAGCACUUUCGCAGGAUGCUGUCGUGUACCAUUACGGCAUUCGAGCAGGCUGUGUUUCUGGACGUUGAUUUGCUUCAAGGUCUGGUGCAACUGGUCCAUUCUGCUCCCUCCGACGCUCUACACCCUGUCGACCUGGUCAAUAUCCUCCGUGUACUCAGAAUUCGUCUGCAGGACACACAUCAGCAGUCGACAGUUCAUCCUUUCCAUCUCACGUUGGCUCUCUCGAGGCUGCUUGAUGUUAUGGCGGAGCACAAGGUCAAGGACUUGGAUCGAGUUGAAGAGCACGAACCUCUGUCUGGGGUGUUGUCGGCUUUGAAGGCCAGUUCAGAUCCCUACUUGAUGUAUCAGGCAUGCUAUGCGUUCCAAGCGCUGCAGUAUGUGCCUAAUAACGAGACUCCGCUGCAGGCCGUUCUCCGACAUUCUACUGGGGUUGUGGAAGGACUCGUCAAGGUGUCGGCGGUAUUUAUGCUGGAUUUGGGAGCAGUUCUCGAAGGACUCUGCAAGCUGCAGGAGACUCUCGGAGGUGUCGUUGAGGUUGCUGGUAGUGUCUAUGAUGGUGCCUGUUCGCUGAUGGAGAGUGGCCGAGGCGUGCUUGAGAGCAUGAAGGAGGGGUUCGGGUCAGGUCAGAAGCGUCCGUGGUACACCGCCGUCCGUGCCGCCUACGCCUUUGCUCAAGCUGGCCAACUCAAGGAUCUCAACGUUCUCAUCUAUGAGGCACCCUGUCGUCGUGACCCCUUGUUCCAAUGGGGUAUCUGCCAGUUGCUGGGUGAGAUCGCUUCCGAAAACAUCUGGGAUACCAGCGUCCGCCUGCAAGCCGUCGCUCUUCUUAGAGAGCUGUACAUGAAUGAUCCUUUGUGGGGUCAGGAUGAGAGCGUCAGGACUUGGAUGCUAAACAUCAUCCGCCAACUCGGAACCACUACUGACCAGGUCGUCAGUACCAGUGCUCACACCUUGCUCAAGGACCUCGACCAGGACCAAGACACCGCCACCUGUCUUCCUUAUCCGCUCAGGAGCCGUCUCCCUCUGCCUGUAACCUCCCCUACGCUCGCUCGCGUUCAGAAUAUCCCUCCUCUCGAAUACGAUCUCCACAAGUACAAAGUCCUGAGGUUGAGGCUGAGCCGCCUGUCGCUUUACAUCCAGUCAUUCGCCAAAACCAGCCUGAGGGCCAAGGAUGAAGACACAUUUCCUCUCCUGGAGAAAGUACAGGAGUUCUUGGCAAGCGAGCAUCAAGUGAUGUUGAUCCUAGGUGACUCUGGAUCCGGAAAAUCGACAUUCAAUCGCCAUCUCGAGCAUCGACUCUGGACCGACUAUAAGCAAGGCGGACCCAUUCCAUUGUUCAUCAAUCUUCCCGCCAUCGACCGCCCCGACCAGGACAUGAUCGCCAAGCAGCUGAGGGCCAACAACUUUAGUGAUGACCAGAUUCAGGAGAUGAAACAGCACCGCCAAUUCAUCCUCAUCUGCGAUGGCUACGACGAGAGUCAGCAAUUGGUCAAUCUGCACCAAACCAAUAUGCUGAACCAGCCAGGACAAUGGAACACCAAGAUGGUCAUCAGCUGCCGCAUCCAGUUCCUCGGACCCUCAUAUGCCGAUCGCUUCAAGCCGCAGCCGACAGAUCGCUACGCCUCUGGUUCAAAGGAUCUAUUCCAGGAAGCUGUCAUUGCUCCAUUCUCCAAGGACCAAAUCAAAAAAUAUGUCCAGCUUUAUGCGCAGGAUCCACAUACGGCACUGUUAUUCCAGAACCAAGCUACGUGGUCGGCGAAGGAGUACAUGGACAAGCUGAUAACGAUCCCCAAUGUCAGGGACCUCGUCAAGAACCCGUUCCUUCUGACGCUUGCUCUCAAGGCUCUGCCUCGCCUGGUCGCCUCGAAUAAAGUCCUGCCAAGCAUUCGUGUCACCCGAGUCGGACUCUACGACAUGUUUGUAGAGCAGUGGCUGGAGACGAAUCGACUCCGCCUACAAUCGAACACACUGAGCAGGAAAGAGCUGAAGGCAUUCAACUCGCUGGUGGAGGGCGGCUUUAUUGCGCGCGGGAUCGACUACCUGCUGCGUCUGUCAGCGGCAAUCUUUCAGAGGCAGGAUGGAAACCCGGUCGUCCAGUAUAUCCAUCAAGAUGAUAAUGACUCCUGGAAGGCGGCGUUCUUUGGUAUUGACCCCAAGGUCAAGCUGCUCCGCGAAGCCUGUCCAUUUUUGCGCACCGGUAACCAAUACCGCUUUAUCCAUCGCUCCAUGCUCGAGUAUUUCCUCUCCCGCGUCAUCUACAACCCGGCCAAGGUUGACGAGCGGGAUUUUGACUCAUCAAUUGAGACUGCAUCCCCUGUCUCUCUUUCGUUCGACACCAAUGGCCCUUUGUACCAGAGAAGCUUGCUUAAGGAGUCGUCGAUUAUCCAGUUCCUGUGCGACCGCGUGAGGCUCGACCCGGAUUUUGAACAAUACCUGCGCGCUGUCAUCGACCAGUCCAAGACCAGUUCCAGUGCCACCAUCGCUGCCACCAAUGCCAUCACGAUCUUGAUCAGAGCCGACGCUCUGUUCAACGGCGCAGAUCUCCGUGGCAUUAAGAUCCCUGGCGCCGAUCUUUCCUAUGGCCAGUUCGACUCUGCACAGUUCCAAGGCGCUGACUUAAGGAGCGUCAAUCUCUCGGGAAGUUGGUUGCGGCAGGCAGAUUUGAGUCAUGCACAGAUGGAGGGCGUUCUGUUCGGAGAGCUGCCAUACCCCAAGGUGGAAGGUUCCGUAGAAGGCUGUGCCUACUCGCCUGACGGAAGGAUGCUUGGAGUGGCCUUAAAGGGUAAAGGCCUUGGCAUCGGGAUAUACGACACCUCCACAUGGGAACAAAUUCAUCUAAUCACUGUCAGUCGCGGUGUCCAAUCUGCUGCAUUCUCGCCUGAUAGUCGACAAAUUGUAUCUGAAGACACGUAUGGAGUUGUUCAGUUGUGGGAUUGCACAAGCGGCGAGGAGGUGUUAGGGGGGUACCCUUGGACACACUUAUGGAUGGACUCGUUAGUUAUUAAGAAGCGCACUGAUUGUGUAAGCUCAUUGGCGUACUCGCCUUGCGGCAAAGGUAUUGCCUCGGCCUACGACAAAACAGUGCAAUUGUGGGGAGUUAACGGAGAUCGCUCCUUUGUUUUGGAAGGCCACACUGACCAGGUCACGAACGUCAGAUUUUCCCCAGAUGGACGUCAGUUAGUAUCAGGCAGUGGUGAUGGAACGAUUCGGCUUUGGGACUCAGGGACAGGAGAACCAGGAGUCGUCUUGCGUCCUUUGUUGGGGAAGAUUCACAGUCUUGCCAUUUCUCCAGACGGCCGAUGGAUCGCUUCCGGCCACGAUGACGGCAAUGUGCAGUUGUGGGAUAUGCACUCCGGUAGCCCAGGUCCUGUACUACAAGGCCACACCAUGACUGUUACUAGAAUCACAUUCUCUUCGAACGGUCAAUUGAUCGCCACUACGAGCAACGACCGCAGGGUCAUGUUAUGGGGCGCAUCCACAGGCGACCUUAUUUCCACAUUUGACGGUCACUGGCACUCUAUAUCUGACAUUGCUUUCUCUCCGGAUGGUCUUACCAUUGCAUCGGGAUCUAAUGACGGAAUAGUGCGACUGUGGGAGGUGAACUCCGGUCGGUCCAGCAUUGCGAUACAAGAUCAGAUCGGUGACUCUUGUCUGGUGGCCUACUCUCCCGAUGGCCUAUCUGUACUCUCUAUCGGUCUCGUACCUGUCCUCUCUAGGCAUCGCCCUGGCGUUAUCCGACAGGGGAAUGCUAAGACAGGAUCGCGCGGAUCAGUGUCGUUUGAGCUUCCGGACCCAGAGAUGAUCAACUGCGUGGCGUUUUCGACGGACGACAAUCAAGUCGCAACCGGGUGCGAGGAUGGUUCAGUGCGAUUGUGGGAUCGCAGAACUGGCGUAGCUGGGCCAGUCUUGAAUGGGCAUUCGGGCGCGGUGAAGAUUGUUGCUUAUUCAACCUGUGGUCGCUGGAUCGCCUCUUCCGACGGCAAGUGGACUGUACGAUUGUGGGACCUCCAUGACACGGAGAAGCAAUACAUUCUUGUCCACGCGAGCGGAGGCUAUGACAACAAGAUCAAAGACUUGAAGUUCUCACCAACAAGCCAUGAACUUGCGGUCUGCUCGGGGAACGAAAUAGUCUGGGUUUUCGAUCCACAAACAAGAGAGCUCUUGAUGUGCAAGUUGAUGAAGUGGCCGAUUUGGUCAUUGGACUACUCGCCCAAUAGUCAGCAGCUGGCUUUAGGCACUCGGAACUCGGUUGCCCUGUGGGACCGGCGGUCGAAUGAGCCUAGUUUGGAGUUGUUCCCAGGUGCUAGUUUGGAGGGUCCGUUUAGUAGGAGCGUGACCGUCGCCUACUCGCCAUGCGGUCAGUUUCUGGCAUCCUCCACCGAGGACCACAUUGUACAUCUCUGGCACCGACAUUCGGCCCAAGGGAAUAUCGAGAGCUGGUCUUGCGUAGUAACGCUUCGUGUGUUUUCUGAGCCUGUCGUAAGCCUGUCUUGGAAUCCAGUUGUCCCGAAGGAGUUCAUCACAGCCAGCCGUGAUGGGUCUGUCCGAGUAUGGCGAGUGUCGAGUAAUGAUGGGGCGGUUGUCGUCAAGAUGCUCUGGGGCACUAAUCUUAGGAGGCUUUGCUGUGCAGGUGUGGUUCUCAAAGGUGCGACUGGUCUGAGCCCGAUCUACCGCAAGUUGUUGGCAGAGCGCCGUGCUUUUGAUAAGGGCUUGUCUUUAGAUGACGAUGGAUCUGAUGGUGGGCUUGAAGACGACGGUGGGUUUGAGGAUGAGCUUUACGAUGGAUUUGACGAUGGGUCUAAUGACUACGAUGGAUUUGACGAUUUUCUUGAAGAAGACGAUGGAUUUGACAAUGGGUCCGAAGACGACGAUGGAUCUGAAGAUGGGUCUGAGGACGACGAUGGGUCUGAAGAUGAGGAGUAG